UUGAAGGGCUAUCAUAUAUCCAUAUGGAAAAGGAAUUGAAGUAAUUUGACCUGAGAGCAGUAUCAAUGGUAAUAAGUGGAUGUUGUAAAGAGGCAAAUUUAAAAUUGAUAUCAGCAAAAAACUUCCUAAUGAUUGGAGGUCAAAUGGUACCAUGGACUUAGAGGGGUUCUGUUUAUCUGGAGAGCAGAGACAUAUCUAUCAAUUAUGCUUCAGUGUAAAUGGGGUAUGAAUUAAACUAGAUGACAUCUGAGAUUUCUUCCAACCCUCAAAUUCUGCAAUUCUCUUUUUGUUCUUCCUAUUUUUGUAUGACUAUGUAUGUCUAUGUAUUUAUGACACUAUGUAUGUAUGACAUAUUUGUAUGUCUAUGACAUUUUUGUAUUACCGAUUGCCACUGGGUGGCAGAGCUUCUCAACAGCAGUUCCGGAAGCUAAGAAUGAUUUAUAUAAGGCCACAGUAAGUUGGUUUCAGCACUUUGUGAUCGUCAACGAUGGAACAUUAUGUGCUCUUUCUCUUUUUCUUGGCAGCCCUAAUUCAAACUGAGACCUGGGCAGGCUGCCACACUAUGAAGUAUUUCGACACCAUUGUGACCGGGCCCAGACUGGGGUUGGAGGAGCGGUGGUUCAUGACUGUAGGCUACGUGGACGAUCAGCAGUUUGUGCGCUUUCACAGCAGCAGUGGAAGUCAAAGCACCGAGCCCAGAGCACCGUGGAUAGAGUUGGAGACACCGGACUACUGGGAGCGCGAAACGCGUCACUUAAAGGACUCACAGCACUGCCGAAUGAGCCUACAAAACCUGCACUUCAAUUACAAUCAGAGUGAUGAUGGCGGGGUUCACACGUUACAGCGCAUGUACGGCUGCGAGGUUUUCUCCAACGGGAGUUUCAGCACAUUUUUCCUACGUUAUGGCUACAAUGGACAAGACAAACUCUCCUUGGACCCAGAAACUCUAACCUGGAUAGCAUCGGACAACAUAGCUCUAAACCUCAAGCUUAAACUGGAGACUGAUCGGAGUCCAGCAGAGAGAUGGAAGGUCCAUCUAAAAGAGACAUGUGUGCAGUGGCUGUUGAGACAUCUGGAGAAAGGGAAAAAGACACUGCUGCGAACAGAUCCUCCUUUGGUAAGAGUGACCCGUCAUAUCACCUCUGACCGGGAAGUGGUCCUAAAGUGCAGAGCUUGGGGCUUUUAUCCUUCGGAAAUCUCAAUAAUUUGGUUGAAAGAUGGGGAAGAACAAAUCCAAGACACAGAGUACAUUGAGACCAGACCUGGGGGAGAUGGGACCUUUCAGAAAUGGGCAGCUAUUGGGAUGCCCUUUAGAAAUGAAGAGAAAUAUACCUGCCUGGUACAGCAUGAAGGACUGCCUGAACAACUCUCCUUGAAAUGGGAGUCACAGUCAACAUCCAAUGGGCUUUUUAUGGGAAUCAUUGUUGUUGUCCUCCUCCUCUUCACUGCAGUUGUUGCUGGAGUUGUGAUCUGGAAGAAAUCCACUUUAGGUGGAAAAGGAAGGAAUUAUGCUUUGACUUCAGAGAUUGACAGUGCUCAGGGAUCAGAUGUGUCUCUUACAGCAAGAGCCUGAAGAAGCUGUCAUAUAUGAAAUGAUUUUCCUGAACCAGUUCUCUUGAUCUCCCUUCUGCAAAUUCUCUCUCCUACAUGAGUUGCUGCCAUCAUGGCUGUACUAGCCAAACCUCAUUGGGAACAUCAGUACCCUCAUCCCUGUUAUCUGCUCUCUUCCUCUUUCACUUGCUGCCUUUCUGUCAGAAAUUAGAGUGGUGGCAGAAAAUUUUUAGAAUCCCCACCUCCUUCUCUCCGUGAUGUUGUACUGAACUCUGAUCUUUUUUCUUGCUGUUUCUUUACUGGGGAAAAAUGUGUACAGAUUUAUUUUUCUUCAGGUCCAUAUUUCAAACAUUAUUAUAAAGUGGUAAUCAUCAAAACAGUCUAGCACUGGGUAAGAAAUAAAUGAUAGAUCAAUCCAAUAUAUUAAAUUCAUAAUACACAGCACUAAUAAAACCUUAAAUCCAAGUUUUUGGAACAAUAAUUCAUCAUUUGAAAAAUGGCUAGAAAAACUAGAAAGCAGUUGGAGAGAAACUAGGCAAGUAUCAGUAUUUCAUACUGUAUACCAAAAUAUGGUCAAAAUGAACAAAUGAUUUAGGCAUGAAAGGUAAUAUAAGUAAAUUAAGGGCACAUGGAAAAAUUUAUUGGUCUUAUUACUAAACAAAAGAUAGAGAGGAUUAUGGGAAAUAAAAUGGAUAAAUUUGUUUACAUGAAAUUAAAGUUUUUGUACAAGCAAAACUAAUACAGUCACAAUUAAAAGGAAAGGAGGAAAUUGGAAAAAUUUAUAAUAAAUUUCAUUGAUAAAGGCCUCAUUUCUUAAAUAGAAUAUCCAGACAAAUUUAUAAAAAUAAGAGGCAUUGCUCAAUUAAUAAAUGGUCAAAAGAUAUGAACAGGCAAUCAAUAAAUAAAGAAAUUAAAAUUAUUUAUAGUCAUUUGAAAAAAUGCUCUAAAUUACUAUUGAUUAGAAAAAUGUAAAUUAAAACAUCUCCAAGAUACCCCCUCCCACUUAUCAAAUUGACUAACAUGACAGAAAGGGAAAAUGACAAAUUCUGGAGGAGAUAUAGAAAAAUAGGGAUACUAAUGUACUGUUGGUGGAGUUGUGAAUUGGUUCAACUGUUUUGGAAAGCAUUUUGAAACUAUGCCCAAGGUGCUAUAAAACUAUGCAUACCCUUUAACCCAGUAAUACCAUUAUCAAGUCUGUAUCCCAAGAAGAUUAAAGGGGAAAGGAUCUAUUUGUACAAAAAUAUUUGUAGUAACUCUUUUUGUAGUGGCAAAGAAUUGAAAAUUGAGAGGAUGCUCAUCAAUUGGAGAAUGGCUGAAUAAGUUAUAGUUUGUGAUUGUGAUAGAAUACUUUUGUGCAAUAUUGUAUUAUAAGAAAUGAUGAGGAUGGUAUCAAAAAAAAUGAGAAGAUUUAUAUGAACUGAUGUAAAAUGAAGUGAGACCAUUGUACACCAUCCAGGAGACCAUUGUACACAAUAACAAGAAUUCUGUAAUGAUGAUCAAAUGUAAAAGAGAUGGCUACUCCAAUUAAUACAAUGAUUCAAGACAAUUCCAAAGGACUCAUGUUGAAAAAUGCUAUCCACCUCCAGAGAGAGAGAGAGAGAGAGAGAGAGAGAGAG